AUGAAGUUCCUCGCCUUUCUUCCCUUUGCGGCGGCAGCAGUCACCGCGCCCCAGGCCGUCUCCUACGAUGGCCACAAGGUGUUCCGCGUGCCCGUCACGGAUGACGGAUCUUUCCUUCGCUCCGUCCUUGACAAGCUCGACGUGUCUACCUGGCAGCCUCCCGCAAAAAAGGGUGCGUUUGCGGAUAUCCACGUGCCUCCUCAGUCCCUGCAGCCGUUUGCGCAGGCGCUCAAGGGCCAUGAGGUCAUCACCAUGCACGAGGACCUUGGCCAGUCUAUUCGCAAGGAGGGUGCCUUUCAAGUAUACGCCGCUGGUGCGCCCAACAGCACCUGGUUCAACUCGUACCACCUCUACAAUGACCAUCUCCAGUGGCUCAACGACAUGGCUUCGACCUACUCCAAAAACGCCAAAGUAGUCACCUCGGGUAACUCCCUUCAGGGCAACGCCAUCACGGGCCUUCACAUCUUCGGCAGCUCCGGUGGCGGCAAGAAGCCCGCUGUCGUGUUCCACGGCACAGUGCACGCCCGCGAGUGGAUUGCCAGCAUGGUUAUUGAAUAUUUUAUCAAUGAGCUUGUCACCAAGUACGGCUCUGACCAGAGAAUUACUUCGUUCGUUGACAAGUAUGACUUUUACUUGUUCCCCAUCGUCAACGUAGACGGCAAGUUUCAAGUUCUCGCAGGCGUCCAACCCAACUGCCUCGGCCAUGACAUCAACCGCAACUGGCCGUACAAGUGGGAUCUAUCCGGCGGUGCCUCAGACAACCCCUGCGCCGAGGACUUCCGUGGAAUCAGUGCCGGCGAUGCCCCCGAGACCAAGUCCCUCUCCGCUUUCCUGCAAAGAAUCAAGAGCGCGCAGGGUCUGAAGCUGUACAUUGACUAUCACUCCUACUCGCAGCUCUUUAUGACACCCUAUGGAUACUCCUGCAGCGCUCUCCCAGCCAAUAAUGCCGAGCUGCAGUCCCUGGCCAAAGGCGCCGUCGACGCCAUGUACAAAGUGUACGGAACCAGCUUCAGAUACGGCCCCAUCUGCACAACCAUCUACCCAGCCACUGGAAGUAGCGUUGACUAUGUAGCGGAUGUUGUCAGGGGCGACUACACCUUCACGGCGGAGCUUCGCGACACCGGCCGCUACGGUUUCGUUCUGCCCCCGGACCAGAUUCGCCCUAGCGGCGAGGAAGCCUUUGCUGGCGUUGCUUACUUGCUCUCUGCCAUGAAGUAG